AUGGCAGGAACAAGUAUUUCCUCCUCUGAAAAGAGAGAGGAUUAUGGUCAUGGCAAUUAUGUCACUUCAGAGACCGUGGUGACAUCUGAAAAAGUCGAAGAUUUCUUACAUACUGAUAUCAAUGAAAAGCAUCAACUCGACGAUGUUGAAAAAUCUUCUUUGAGCCACCUUGAAGAUGAAGAAGACUCCCCUAUUGAAGCAGUACGUGCUGUAGUUGACAACACUGAUGACCCAAGCCUGCCAGUAUACACUUUCCGUAUGUGGUCUCUUGGUUUAAUCUUUAGUUGUUUGCUCAGUUUUGUCAAUCAGUUCUUUUGGUACAGACAAAAUGCCCUGACAUUAUCACCUCUGGUUGUUCAAUUGCUCUCAUUCCCUGUUGGUAAAUUCAUGGAAAAGGUGAUUCCCAAGUCAAGAUUCUUCAAUCCCGGUCCAUUCAACAUGAAGGAGCAUGUUUUGAUUACUGUCAUGGCCAACUGUUCAUACAGUACCGCUUAUGCUGUGGAUAUCAUUACUAUUCAACGUCUCUUUUAUAACCAAAACCUUGGCUGGGGUGGAGGCAUCUUGCUGAUCUGGACAACACAAUUCAUUGGAUACGGUAUGGCUGGUCUUCUUCGUCCCUUCCUUGUUUAUCCUUCUAGCAUGGUGUGGCCUAGCAAUCUGGCCAACAUCUCUCUUUUCUCCUCUUUCCACAAGAAUGAGACCAACUGGAGUGGUCCCUCUCGUCUUCGUUACUUUGGAUAUGCCUUCAGCGCCAUGUUUGUCUACUACUGGCUUCCUGGUUAUUUCUUCCAAAUCUUGACCUUCUUCUCUUGGGCUUGCUGGAUCAAGCCUGAUAAUCUCGUCUUGGCUCAAUUGACUGGUUCCUACAGUGGUCUUGGUAUGUUGGCUGUCUCAUUCGAUUGGGCUACUAUUACAUCUUACCUCGGUUCGCCUCUCGUUGUGCCUCUGUUUGCCAUUAUCAACAUCGGUGUUGGCUUUGUCCUUAUUGCUUGGAUUAUUGUCCCUGCUUUGUAUUAUACCAAUGUCUGGGAAGCUCAAAAGUUCCCCAUUCUCACAUCAAGUCUCUUCAAUGCUGAAGGUGAACCCUGGAACAAUAGUUUGGUCUUGACACCCGAAAAGAUCCUGGACCCCGUCCUCUAUGAACAAUAUGGCCCUCUCCGUAUGUCUUCUUUCUUUGCCUUCACUUAUGGUAUUGGUUUUGCCGGUGUUACUAGUAUCUUGACCCACACUGCUUUGUAUCACGGUAGAGACAUCAUUAAACAAUUCAAGAACUCUCGCACUCAAAACAACGAAGAUAUCCACCACAAAUUGAUGCGCGCUUACCCUGAAGUCCCUCACUGGUGGUAUAUCGCCAUCUUUGUCAUCUCUUUUGCUGUUUCUUUUGCUGUCAUUUACGUAUGGCCCAUCUAUCUGCCAUGGUGGGGUCUAAUUCUUGCCAUUGCUAUUCCUGCCAUCUUUAUCCUUCCAAUCGGUAUUAUUCAAGCUGUUACUAACCAGCAACCUGGUCUCAAUGUCGUUACUGAAUUUAUCAUUGGUUUUGCUCUUCCUGGUCAUCCUAUUGCCAAUGUCACAUUCAAGACCUAUGGUUACAUCUCCAUGGCCCAAUGCCUCACCUUUGUCAGUGAUCUCAAGCUUGGCCAUUAUACCAAGAUUCCUCCUAAGGCUAUGUUCUGGACUCAGCUUGUUGGUACUGCCAUUGCUGGCCUCAUCAAUUUAGCAACUGCUACCUGGCUUAUGGAUACUGUCGAGCACAUUUGUACUCCUGCUGCUUAUCCCUUCACCUGCCCUAGUGCUCGUACUUUCUACUCUGCCUCUGUCAUUUGGGGAGCGAUUGGACCACAAAGAAUGUUUGGAGCAGAAAGCCCUUACAACUCCAUGCUCUGGUUCUUCCUCAUUGGUAUUCUCAUUCCUAUUCCCUUCUGGUACUUGUCCAAGAAAUAUCCCAACAGCUUGAUCAAGUAUGUUCACUUGCCUUUGAUCUUUAACUCUACUGGUAUGAUGCCUCCUGCUGUACCUCUCAACUUCUCCAUGUGGGUUACAGCCGGUCUUGUCUUUGGCUGGUACGUUCACAAGUACCACAGAGACUGGUGGACCAAAUACAACUACAUCACGUCUGCUGCUUUCGAUUCAGGUGUAGCAAUUGCAGGUAUCAUCAUUUUUGGUGUCAGUACAGGUAGUGGAUGGCAGGCGGAUUGGUGGGGUAAUGAGCUGGAUCACUGUGAUCUCUCUGCCGCCAAUUACUCUGGUAUCAUUCCUUAA